AUGACCAACGCUGAACGUGUAUUCUCGAGUUUCAGCUGCCUUCAUUCAAAGUUAGUUAAAGAUGAUGGAGUAAUAUUAGUUCAAGAUAUAUCGUCAGAAAUAAGAGCAAUGAUGGAUGCUAAAGCCAACGCUGUACUUAAUAUUGCCGACUACGCUGAAUUUUUAUCCUAUCAUCGAACUCAUGUACCACUUUUUGAGAACUCCACGUACUAUUAUUAUAACGCAGAUAAUUUAACGAACGUAGAUUACAGUACAGCCGCUGAAGAGCGAUUAAAAGAAGAAACUCUAAACUUAACGAACAACAUAACAAAUGCCUAUAAUACGGUCAUCAUUUUCAGCAGCAUAGAUGAAGUACAACAGGCAAUGAAAAAUGUUAAUGUCUGUGAGAACUGGGGUCUGAGUCUCAACUUCAGAAGACAAAAUGGAUGCUGA